CGCGGGAAAAGUUAAAAAAUGGCGGCGGUGGAAGUUUGAAGUUUAGCGCCACGAAACAGAAACAGACAGAGACAGAGACACCGAAGAAACGGAGACACAGACCGUCUGUCUGUCCGUCUGUCCCGCUACAGUCCGACCUGUCUGACGGGACAACAGUCUGUCUGUCUGUCUCUCUAUCUGUGGUUCACAGGAACGGAGGACCGGAGGGCAGGUGGGACUGGGACCGGAUCAGAGGAGGAUGUUUGAGGACCUGGUUGAAGCCUUCUGUGGUCUGGAGCCUCAAGUGUCCCCGGGGGGCGGGGCAAGUCGGAGGGGGCGGGGUCUAGAUGAAGAGGAGGGGGCAGAGUCCAGUCUUAGUGUCGGACAGUUUGUCCUCUGUCACUGGUCAGAUGGACUCUACUACCUGGGCAAGAUACAGAGGGUGAGCCCCCCCAGGCAGAGCUGCUUUGUCACAUUUGAGGACAACUCCAAGUUCUGGGUCCUCUGGAAGGACAUCCAACAUGCUGGAGUGCCAGGGGAGGAGCCUUGUUGCUCCAUGUGUCGGGGGGCGGGGCCAAACUCUGAUGGCCAAUCAAACCAAAACAACCAGAUCCUCAUCUGUGGGAAGUGUGGCAUUGGUUUCCACCAGCAGUGUCAUGUCCCUCCUGUAGAGGGCAGCAACAGUCUCAGUCCCUGGUUCUGUAGACGCUGUGUCUUUGCUCUGGCUGUCAGGAAAGGUGGCGCUCUGAAGAAAGGUCCUAUAGCCAAAGCCCUGUCAGCCAUGAAGCAGGUGUUACUAUACGACCUGGACUCUCUGGAUUGGGACUCCCAGCACCGGACCAAUCAGCAGCAGUGUUACUGUUACUGUGGAGGCCCCGGAGAGUGGUACCUGAAGAUGCUGCAGUGCUUCAGGUGUCAGCAGUGGUUCCAUGAAGCCUGCACUCAGUGUCUGCAGGAGUCUAUGAUGUUUGGUGACAGGUUCUACCUCUUCCUGUGUUCGGUGUGUAAUAAGGGAUCAGAGUACAUCCGUCGUCUCUCUCUGAGGUGGGUCGAUCUGGUUCACCUGGUUCUCUACAACCUGUCGGUCAGCAGCAAGAAGAAGUACUUCGAGCUGGACGAGAUCCUUGCCUUCGUCUCUGCAAACUGGGAACAUUUACAGCUUGGAAAGCUGUCUAAUACUCCUCCAGCAGAGAGGGGGCAGCACCUGCUGGACGCUCUGAACAAAUAUAAGAGCAAGUUUCUGUGUGGGAAGGAGAUAAAGAAGAGGAAGUGCAUCUUUCGUCUGAGGACCAGAGUACCCCCCAACCCCCCCUCCAAGCUCUUUCCCGAGCGUGCUCAGAAUGAUGGGGGGCGGGGCCGUAAGAAAGGCGUGGUCAGAAACAGUGCUUCAGCUGAGAGGAAGAGGAGGAAGUCCAAGUGGCUGCUAGAAGACGCCAUUCCUAACAACGAGUUGUCCUGCAGCUGGACGUCCAACCAUCACAUGGCCAACAUCUUUGACUUCACCCUGGAUGAACUGCAGAGCCUCAAGAGUACUUCCAGUAGAACUGUAAGUAUUGAUCAGGACUCGACUGAUGCCUCCACUUCAGGUUCUGCUACAACCAGCGCCUCCUACCACUUCAGGAGAAGGGUGGGCAGCAGGAAGAGGAAGUUACCUAGCAACACCUACAGCCAGUGGGCCCAUCGCAGCGAGGUGGGGGAGGAACUUGGAGGGGAGGAGCUUUCUGGGAUCCUGGAGGACCCAGAAGCUACUAACCAUGCUCACCUGUCAUCUGACUCCUCCCACUUCCUUUCUGACCCCUCCCAGCUCCCCUCUGACUCCUCCCACCUCCACUCCUCCAUCUCCUCGUAUUUCGGGGUGGCAGGUAGACUGACCAAUGGGGAGAGGUACCAGGUGUUGGCUCGACGUAUCACUCCUCAGGGGACAGUCCAGUACCUGCUGGAGUGGGAGGGGACAACACCAUAUUAGAACAUUCACAGAGAAGCAGGGUUUAGAUGUCCUGUGAAGCUUUGAUUCCUCUUCCUCCACUCAAUCCACUCCUGAUCAGCUCCCAGUAAAGUCUGUCUGCUGAUUGGUCAGAACCACUCAGCUCAGUUAACUCACUAACAAUGGUAUCGUAUUUACUGCGUGCAUGACAACAAUCCGCCCGACUGCCCACCUGAUCCGGUAACCGUGUUGCUCAGGCCACCGGUUUUAAAAUAUCUGUAAUGUUAAAGUUAUGUUUUGAAAAAUACUAGGAACUAUAAAAGUUAUUUUUUAAAUGUUGUUUUCUCAUAAACAUGAGCCUAAAAACACAAAAAUAAGUCAUCCUGUUUUUCAAAGGGAACGGGACAAUAAUUUUUAUUUUUAGCUGUUUAGCAACAGUGCUCUCACAACUAAGGGUUAGGAUUACACCUCAGUUUGUGAUUCACGAUCAAGAAGAUCAGACAUAUGUCUGUGCAAAACCCUGUCCUAUAACUGUCUCUUCAAUCCUUAAUCAGAUAUGUCCUACAAAGCUUUGUCAGAUGUACGUCCCCGCAAACAGCCGUCAGACAUUUGUCCGAGUAAACUGUGUCAUAUGGUUUUCAGGUGUAUUUGGAGGAAUCAGGUAUCAAAGCUGAUCAUGAUCCUGUAAAAAACAGUAUUUAGUGAAAACAAUGUUUUACUACAGCCAAAGACCAUUUUCUCUCUCACACCCACACACACACACACACACACACACACACACACACUCACAUAUACUCAGUAGUGUUAUAUAUUUAGUAUUCAGGUCUGUAUAUAAUCAGACUGACAGUAGAUAUUUUCUCUGCUUUGUCAAACCAAACACAUUUCUUCUUCUCUGUCUCUGGGUUGUUAAACAGUCAGAGGCUCCUGUAAUUUCCUGUAGCACCCCCUAGCUGUCAAACAGCACACUGCCUUACCUGUCCUCACUGCUGUACCUGUGAGUUACUUCAUGUUCAGCAUUUACUGAUUUAUUUAACCAACAUGUUCAGUCUAUACUGAGCUGAACAUAAAACACUUCAUUUAAAGCAGUCACCAGUCAGAAAACCGCUGCUCUGAUCUGUAACAGUUUUAUUGUCAAUACCAUAACACCUGUAGUGAUGUCACAGAGUGGGUGUGGUCAGAGGAGAUCAGAGCAGUAACAAAUAUGAGUCAUUGUUUUACCUGUGACCUUCAAGUGAGAGUUUUUGUUUCCUUCCCUGGGAUAACGGAUAGUUUUUACUUGUACACUGCAGGAUUUUAAAGAUUUUUUUUAAAUUUUAUUUUAUUUAGACCAGUGGACCCAAACCUGUUGGAUUUACUCCAGCCUGACAGCAAAGAGAGCCGCAAUAAAAAUAAUCCAUUAGUAUGGAUGUUCCCAAACCCUGGUCUGAGGUCAGGUACCGUGAUCGCUUCACAACACGACUACAUUUUGAGAGAAGAAGGACUAAAUCCACAGUCUGAGUGCUAAACUUACUUUGAAGUCUCAUUAACUUCAGAUUAUGUGUUUAUCUUCCAAAUUUACUCUGUUUAGCAGCAGUAGACGUCCUGGCAGGGUUACAGCCAGGAUUUUAGAAAUACUGAGCCCUUCCUACUUAAGACAUUUUAAUUGCUAUCAACCAAACUCAUAACAACAGUUACAAAAUUUAACAUUUUAUUCACUAAUUUAACUAUUCAAUUUUAUUUAUGGAAAUUAAAUCUGCCUAGAUUAUGAUAUAAAUGUUGUUUGAAAGCCUUCUCUAUGCUGACAGGUGUGUGUGUUUCCUGCCCAAAAGCAACAUAUCAAGAUAAUUAAACUAAAAAAAACAUCAGAAUGACCCCUAAAAACCCGACAUGUUCCCCUGCCGAUUUCCAUCAGUUUCCUCAGGAGUGGCCACAGUUCUGCAUCUGCUGUGUCGUAGAUUUGUUGUCAGGACAAAACAACAACAAUAAACCUCCAUUCAACUGUCGGGACUAAAACACUUUGACUGUUGAAGCCUCGUUAACUUCGGUUGAUCUUUAGACCCAGACUUUGGAUUUACUCCGUCUGUCAUCUGUGAACAGAUCACUUCAGUCAGCAUGAACAGGAGAAAUGAUUUAUUCCUGUCUUAUUUCAUCUACAAAAACAGUAAAACCUGCUGUUGUGAUUAAAGCUGAAAAACAAAAACUACAAAUCCCAGUGCACCAGAAGGUUGCUGUCCAUGAAUUUAGUUUUUCCUUGUGUUUACCUUCAGAGUAUUGAUCUGUUUCCUGUGAGCAGCUGUUUUCUUGCACUAUCAUCACAUUCUGUAUCUAUGCAAACAUCAAAUUUAACUUUUAAACUGAUAAUCAAUCACAGGCAUUGAUCAGUGAUCAGGAGCCUUAUGCUGUUCAAAUGUAUUAAAAGAACCUAAAAUAAUAAAUAUUGAGAUGUUCCACAUUAAUGUUCACUUCUGUUUGUUUUGACAUCAGAGGUUAGCUUGAAGCUAACACAGCCCAUGGGUUUGAAUGAGGAAUGCUAACAGUGCUAAUGGUGCUAACGGUCUCUGAGACAUUAAACUGUCACUCUGUCACUUUAAACCUGCAGCUCCUCCUCGCUGCCAUGGUAACCAUGCUCCCCUUCCAUUGGCCUGUUGGACGGUUGUUAUGAUCAUGUGACUGUUUGUAUUAUUGCCUUUUUUCUGUUGAGCUGAUAUGUCAGCUGCCAGCUUUCUCUGGAAUAAAAAAAAAUUAUGCUUGA